CCCCUCAUGUCGGCGCAGGCGGGGAAGCGCCGCGGCACCGGCGCUGCCGUUUUCCCACCCCCUUCCUGCCUCUUCCCCCGUCGCCGCCGGCAGCAAGUUGGGGCCUUGAUCGCAACGCCAGGCCGCCGCCGCGGGAGCCUGCGUCGACUGGGAUCCGCCUCUGGAAACCCUGGGUAGGUGGGAUGAAUCCAGGCCUCCCCGCCAUCCCAGCCUGCGAGUAAUUAAUACUGUUUUCAGCCGGUGCUGACUUGGAGUGUAAAGAAAUCACAUUGCAUCAUGGCAGCAGACUCUAUGGAAAUUGAUGAUGCUUUGUAUAGCCGCCAGAGGUACGUUCUUGGAGACACGGCGAUGCAGAAGAUGGCUCAAUCCCAUGUAUUCCUGAGUGGCAUGGGUGGCCUCGGUGUGGAGAUUGCCAAAAAUAUAAUUCUGGCUGGGGUCAAGGCUCUUACGGUUCAUGACACCAAGCAGUGCACGAAAUGGGAUUUGGGGAUCAACUUCUUCAUCCAUGAAGAUGAUAUUACCAGUCAAAGGAACAGGGCUGAGGCCACGCUUCAUCGUAUUGCAGAACUCAAUCCAUAUGUCCAUGUAGCAGCCUCAACUGUGCCACUGGAUGAAACCACAGAUCUGUCUUUUCUGAAGCAGUACCAGUGUGUCAUAUUGACUGAAGUAAGUCUGUUGCUGCAGAAGAAGAUUAAUGACUUCUGUCAUGCUCAGCAGCCACCUAUUAAGUUCAUCAGUGCAGAUGUAUAUGGAAUGUGUUCACGUUUGUUUUGUGACUUUGGUGAUGAAUUUGAAGUGCUGGAUACAACGGGAGAGGAGCCAAAGGAGAUCUUCAUUUCAAAUAUAACGCAAUCAAAUCCUGGUAUUGUCACUUGCCUUGAAAAUCAUCCCCACAGGCUUGAGUCAGGACAGUUCUUAACCUUUCGGGAAGUUAAUGGAAUGUCCUGCUUAAAUGGAUCCACACACCAAAUAACAGUGGUGUCACCUUACUCCUUCAGCAUCGGCGAUACGUCCGAUAUGGAGCCUUACUUACACGGAGGCAUUGCUGUCCAGGUGAAGACACCCAAGACGUUUUAUUUCGAACGGUUGGAGAAGCAGAUAACAAAUCCAUUAUGCCUUGUUGCGGAUUUUAGCAAGCCUCAGGCACCUUUGCAGAUCCAUGUUGCCAUGCUUGCCUUGAACCACUUCCAGGAGAACUUUGGUCGCAGACCGAACAUCGGAUGCCUUCAAGAUGCUGAGGAAAUGCUGAAAAUAGCCAUAUCUAUAAGUGAAACACUGGAAAGCAAACCUCAGGUGAACGGAGAUGUAGUGAAAUGGUUGUCCAGGACUGCUCAGGGAUUUCUAGCUCCUCUGGCUGCCGCAGUGGGUGGUGUCGCUAGCCAGGAAGUCUUGAAAGCAGUAACAGGAAAAUUUUCACCCUUGCAGCAGUGGCUGUAUAUAGACAUGUUGGACAUUGUGAUGCCUCUGGAAAAGAUGGGCUCUGAAGAAUUUCUCCCACGGGGAGAUAGGUAUGAUGCCUUGAGGGCUUGUAUUGGAGAGUCUCUGUGCCAGAAGCUGCAUGAUUUGAAUGUUUUUUUGGUUGGCUGCGGAGCUAUAGGCUGUGAAAUGCUCAAAAACUUUGCGCUCCUUGGGGUCGGUACUGGGCAAGACAAAGGAUUGGUUACAAUUACAGAUCCAGACCUGAUAGAGAAAUCCAACCUGAACAGGCAGUUUCUUUUCCGACCUCAUCACAUACAGAAACCUAAAAGCUAUACUGCAGCAGAAGCAACUCUGAACAUCAAUCCUUGCUUAAAGAUCGACUCCUAUAUUAAUAAAGUUUGUCCAGCCACUGAGAACACUUACAGCGAUGAAUUCUAUAGCAAGCAAGAUGUGAUUGUGACCGCUUUGGACAACGUUGAGGCAAGGAGAUACAUUGAUAGUCGUUGUGUAGCAAACCUGCGUCCUCUUAUCGACUCCGGAACUAUGGGAACAAAAGGACACACAGAAGUUAUUGUGCCACAUCUGACAGAGUCCUACAAUAGUCAUCGGGAUCCACCAGAAGAAGAAAUACCUUUUUGCACCUUAAAGUCUUUCCCAGCUGCCAUUGAGCACACGAUACAGUGGGCAAGAGAUAAGUUCGAAAGUUCGUUUUCUCACAAGCCCUCGUUGUUUAACAAAUUCUGGCAAACGUAUCCAUCUGCAGAAGAAGUUUUACAGAGAAUAAAAUCAGGGGAAAGUUUAGAAGGCUGUUUUCAUGUUAUUAAAACACUCAGUAGAAGACCCCGAAGUUGGACUCAGUGUGUGGAGCUAGCAAGAGUAAAAUUUGAGAAGUACUUCAGCCAUAAGGCUCUUCAGCUCCUUCAUUCAUUUCCUCUUGAUACACGAUUAAAAGAUGGAAGUUUGUUUUGGCAGUCACCAAAGAGGCCACCUUUCCCAGUGAAGUUUGAAUUUAAUGAUCCUUUGCACUACGGUUUCAUCGUGAGCGCAGCGAAACUCUUUGCGACAGUGUACUGUGUUCCCUUCACAGAGAAGGAUUUGUCAGAGGAAACUAUUUUGAAGAUUAUUUCAGCUGUGAAGGUACCAGAGUUCAGACCUUCAAACAAAGUUGUACAGACUGAUGAAACUGCACGAAAACCAGAUCAUAUUCCAGUCAGCAGUGAGGAUGAAAGAAACGCCAUCUUCCAGCUGGAGAAGUCUAUACUGUCCAAUGAAGCUCUGGAAAAUGACUUGCAAAUGAAGCCCAUCUCCUUUGAAAAAGACGACGACAGCAACGGGCACAUAGACUUCAUAACAGCAGCGUCAAACUUGCGAGCCAAGAUGUACAACAUCGAACCGGCAGAUCGGUUCAAAACAAAGCGCAUUGCUGGAAAGAUUAUUCCUGCAAUUGCAACAGCUACUGCUGCAGUGUCAGGGCUGGUUGCACUGGAACUCAUCAAAGUUGUGGGUGGCUACCCAGCUGAUGCAUACAAGAACUGUUUUCUGAACUUAGCCAUUCCCAUAAUGGUCUUCACAGAAACUGCUGAAGUAAGAAGAACAGAAAUCAGAAAUGGGAUAUCAUUUACCAUCUGGGACAGGUGGACAAUUUAUGGGAAAGAGGAUUUUACUCUGUUGGACUUCAUAAAUGCUGUCAGAGAGAAAUAUGGAAUUGAACCAACUAUGGUUGUACAGGGAGUCAAAAUGCUGUAUGUUCCUGUGAUGCCAGGUCAUAUUAAAAGGUUAAAGCUGACGAUGCAAAAGCUUGUGAAACCCUCAGCUGAUAAGAAGUAUGUGGAUUUGACAGUGUCGUUUCCUCCAGAGACCGAUGGAGAGGAGGACUUGCCAGGGCCACCAGUGAGAUACUACUUUGUUCAGGAAGACAAUUGACAGCAGAGACCCAAAAGUCACUCCCGGACUAUUUGUUCUGAAAGGAGUGUGCUAAUUUUCAGCAAUUAAAGAUGGUACUAUAUAUUUGGUUUUGGUGAAGCCUUAAUUAAAACAAAUGGUGAAAAUCAGUGGCUUUGCACUGAAGACAAACUGGAUUUAUGUCUCAUCUGCUCCCGUUUUCUUCAAACCUGUUUGCUCAAAGGAGGAUUGGACACUCCAUGAGAUGGCACGUCCAGUGCAGUCCUUACCUGAAAGGCAAGAUUUGCAUUAAUUUGUGGGGAGUUGAAGAAAGCAAGAAGAACGGUGAACCUAACAAAUGGUCCCCAAGUGUGCACAUUAGGCACUGCUUAGAGAAGAGUGUGCAGAAAAGGGGGAAACUGCCGUUUUAUGAUACUUCUGGUAUUCUGAGAACAUCUCAAAUCCAUUUCAUGUGUUACUCAAAAUUCUCAAUUUCAUUCUUGCCAUCUACACGUGAGAUUUGAACCCAUCCAAAAGGUUUAAACUCCCUCUUAGAGGCAGACGAGCUGCUUUACUGUGGUGUUGGUGCUCUCUUCUGAGCAGUUAGUGAUGCUGUGUGUCCCAACGUGGACACCCAGGGAGGCAGGUCUCGAGUUAGGUGUAAAUUGUCACAGCUCCCCUGAGUCACAAGAGCUGGAAUUGUUGAUUUAUCCCUGCUAAGACUGUUCUUUGGGGAAUACUGCAACACGGGGACCGUGGAAACCUAUCGGAGAGCUGAGCGAACGCUUUCAACAAUAAAACUUUGCCUUCAAGAAAGAGAAAACGCUCGGUGUGGUUGACCCUUUCUGCCCUCACCAAAUGAAAAAAGCUGUAGUGGAUGAUGACUUUAAAAGGAAGGGAAGACAAGUGACUGUGGAUGUUUGUCACAGUGAGCGCCGUUCCCUCAGCUGCUCCUUUUGGUACCGUUUCCUUACAGUGAAUGGUUACGCUGCACACCUGUCCACAGCACCAGUCUGAGCUGCACUGAACUCUGAGGAUUUUAUUGUCAUUAUCAGUCAAUUACUAGGAUAUCUAAGUAUAAAGCAUCUGCUUAAUGGGAAAUAAUUAGGGACUAGCUUUGCUACUGUUGUGAGGCAGAGGUGUGUUACAGAAACAUCUGUGACUCCACCUUAUUUUCUCUAUCAUUUAAACACUGGAUAGUUGAGCUGGUAGUUCUUUUUUUUUUCUUUUUUUCUUUUUUUUUGUUUUUUCUCCCAAUGAUGACAGUGUGAAGUGAGAUUAGAAUAAAAGCCUGUGAACUGGAAAACCUUUUAAUGUGUUUUAGCUUUAGAAAUUGUGAUUGCACAUCAUCUCCUGCAGCUCUUGCAAAAGCUACUGACUACUUAGCUAUUUAUCCUCGACCAUAAUUUAUUAAAGCUUUAGGGAUAUCUUCACAUUUAGUGAAAGUUAUUGGUCAGGAAUUUUACUUUUCCUUUUUUCCCUUUUUGGUUAGUUGUAGUCAGGAGUAACAGUUAUGAGGCUGGGAACUUGAGCACCAAGAACUGAAUAGCUGCAUUCAACACAAUUAUUCCAAUAUUUGGGAUUUAGUCUCACAUGCGGGAUUUCUUCUGGAAGUUGUAUAUAGUUUUACAGUCAGUCUAGUUUAUAGAUAUAAUUUUCUAGAUUAAUAAUACUGCUUUUUAAACUACCUAACUUAUUUCAUUUUUUAAAAGAACUUCUUUUAGAGAAACUUUUUGAAACGGUAGAAGAGAUAACUACACUUCGAGUGCAGAGAAGGCACAAGCAGACAGUAAGUCUUCACUUCUAAAUAACAAAAUGUAUUUCACUGUGGCAGUAUUAGAAUGUGUACUCUUAAUUGAAAUCACUAAUUAGUGCUAAAGAUCACUUAAAGGUUUAGGUAAAUUGAAAGCACUGUCACCUCUCACAGUUGGAGACAAGUGAAACUUUAAGUACACUCUGGUAUGUUAGGGUGGUGGUCACAUCAUGCUUAUGCUCUCAAAGUAACAUACAAAAAAGUAAAGUAUACAGUAAAGUCUCAGUAUUUUGCUAGAAUGUCAUCUGAUGGUCCUCAGGGUUUAAAGUAAAUUUUCAGAUGUAAUUAAUGGGAUAGCUUUUAUUAAUCACAAUGCAUACAGCUUUGUGAGACCUUUGCCAAAAAGUCCAGGUUGAGGUUGGCAGGGACGGGGGCCAGUGCAGCUCUAUCUCUCUGUGCCUGUUCUUGUGUGUAUCUGCUGGAGGGAUGUCUGUCCCCUGGGGGGGUUCUGCUCAUCUGGGGGAAAAACUGCAAAUGCACAACGGCUCUCGAUAUUUAUUGGCAGAUCUUGACAUUUUUCUGGAUAUAAGUUAACCUAGGUAAAAAUCUUACAAGUAAUAACCGAAAGAGGACUUUAUAUGGAAAAAAACUGUGCAUGUCAAGUGGCUCAUUAAAAUUGUUUUUCAUGUUUUAAAA